AUGCCAGCCAAGGCGUCGGGAGGCGUGGUGGCCAUCACAUCGACCGACUGGGAAGCGCAGUAUGAAAGAGACUUUACCGCGCAGAAGGGCAGCGGCCCCAUCAUCUUCUCGGAAGAGGAGCGUCGAAAGAAUCGCGAACUUUGCUCACGGCUGCGCGACAUUCUUCCGUUCGACGACGCGUAUAAGGUGAGCGACUGCGACUUGAUGUACCGCUUCCUCAUUGGUAAGCACUGGAACGUUGCCUCGACUGAGAAGGGGAUGCGCGAGUACGCGCGGCUGCGCAAGUCCGAUGAUCUCAACAACAUCAUUGGGGAGCAACUGCACCCCACCAUUUGCUCGGUGCUCUCCCCCAUGUACAAGGGCGAGCCGUACCCCAUCUACGGCCUUGACAAGGAAGGACUCCCCGUUUUGUGGCUUUCGCCGGACGCCAACAAGCUCAUGGCGGCUAUGAAGGACUUCACCAGCGAGCAGCUGCUGCGUUUCCAGCUGCGAUCGAUGGAGGUGAGCCGCUACGUCUGCCUGCAGCGGAGGGUGGAUCGCUGCACGUACGUGAUUGAUCUGGGCGGCAUCACCAUAUCCAGCGUAAACAAGGCAACGCUGGCGCUUCUCAAAGGUGUCAUGAACCUACUGCAGGUUGCCUACCCUGAGAUCAUGCGCCGUCUGCUGAUCUUCAACGCGGGGUGGGCGGUGUCUGCCGCCUGGAAGGUGCUGCGGCCGCUAGUGGACGUGCGCGUGCAGGACAAGAUCAAGUUCGAGAGCGGUCCGCCAUCGCUGGCGGCGCUGGAGCAGUACAUAGCAGCGGAUCAGGUGCACCCCUCGUUCGGCGGCACAGGGUCUGCAAACGUGCUGGGCCCGAUCAUCGACGCUGAGGUGCGCCGCAUCCGGCGCGGCGUCGAGGGUCGAGUUUCUCCAGAUCCCGCCGCCGCCGCUGCAUCGGUCAUACACAGGCCUUCCUUGGAGUCGCGGCAGAGCACGAGCCUUCUUAGCCGAGAUGCGCUUACGCUCUACAGUGUCGAGUCGACGACCCCGCUCAGCACUGCAUGCCCGUCACCCAACUGCAACCCAUCCCUCGCAGGCAGCGGACACGCUGAGGAGCGCGAACAAGUGGCUAUCGGUGUGCCCAGUGCCGUGACAGCUUGGCUGGUGAAGACGAGCACAGCCAGCGGGCCACUGAACGUGCGCGACAUGUCGCUCAGUGUCGCCUCCAGCUCCGGAGAGUACGCCUGCUGCAGAGAGCAGGCAUCCCCGACUCCCGCCGCCGACGACACGACGAAGUGCUCCUACCGUGGUGUCGCUUCGCCGCCGUCGCGCGACACGUCGGCAGACGACACCGCGACCUCUUCACGCGAAUCGGUGCCGAUCCAUGCCACGACGAGCAUAGAACCCACGGCACAGCAGCAGGCUGAGCUACCAAUCGUGACCAUCUCGCUAACGUACGGGGCCGACGGCAGCAUCAGUGGCUACUGUGGGCGGCAGUGGGUCGGAUGCUUCCAACACGGCCUUCUGUACGCUCCCGCCACGGAUGACGACGACUCUGCGUUUCCGCGGCGCUCUCCCUCCUUGCUGCCCUCGUCGCAGCCUUACGUCGCCGGUGGCUGUGCAGGACGGAGCGUGGGGGUGCCGGCAGGUGAGCUGUUGGCCGAGGCGGGCCACCCGCUGCACACCUUCCUCAUCGUGUGUGACGCCCAGCGCCGCGCCCGCUACCUAGUGCGCGAGAGCCGCCUCCGAAAACGGCUGACCAUCUACAACGUCUUCGGAGACGCUGAGGUACAUACGGACAAAAACAACCGUCACUACGUCGAGGGCGAGCGUGCGAAGCUGGGCGUCGUGGUCCCGCACUCCAACGCCACCAGCUGCGGUGGGAAAGAGGAUUGGAUGCUGUACGGCAAAGAUGUGACGAAGCGCUCAUCGCGUAACCCGACGCUGCCCCUGCAGCAGUUCCUCUCGAAGACGAAGCGGGCGGUGCUGACGGCGAAGAAGAGCAGAAGCGGCGACUCACUGGACAAGUCGCAAAAUAGCCGCUGGGCGGCGUCCAUAUUCGCCGCCUUGCGCUUCCGCGCCUACUCGCCUGCGAAAAGAAAGUCGAAGUCCAUCAGCUUCAAGGCAUCGGGCAGCGCCAACGUCCCGCCCCCAAGCCUUCCUGACCAGUCUGAAAAGCACUGUGACGCAGUGACGGACGACAGCACACAGCUGCUGGCCGAGUGCAAGGGCCAAACAGUCCGCUUCUACAAGCUGUUGACUAAGAACUCGUUGCCCGACUUGUUCGCCCUCGCCUUCGCCAUCACGCAGUCAUGGAGUAAUGAGAUGGACAGCUGCAAGGGCGAGGCGGCGGCGCCCAAAGAGACGCACUAUUCUUCCGACGAUGACGUAAUGCCCUAG